UGACCACAUGACCGAUGCAAAUCUGUGCCGCUGCGCGUCGGAGCGCGCAUUCAGUGCGUUCGCUGAGCGGGACAUCCGAUGACACAAAAGACUGAUCUGGAGCUAACUUGUUCAGGACCAUAAUAAAAGUUUGACGUUAUGACGAUUUAUUAAUAGAGUCUCGUCAUUGAAGGAGUCGGACCAUUCAUUGCCUUUAAUUAACUUUAAGAGGUGCGCGAGAAAAUGGAGCUAUCAACAGAUGCGGAGAAACUAUCUGAGUCUGAAGGAACUAAAGACAUCGAUUCGGAUGACCUGCUUGAGCUGAACCAAUUCGACGGACUUCCUUUUUCCUCGAGAUAUUACAAACUAUUAAGAGAAAGAAAAGGACUGCCGGUGUGGGAAGCGAAAUGCGAGUUUAUGGACAGUCUGAUCAACCAUCAGAUUAUUAUGGUUCCUGGCACAGCCAAAACAGGACACAGCACACAGAUACCUCAGUGGUGUGCAGAGUUCUGCUUAUCUACGCAGUAUCAGAAUGGCAUGGUGGUGUGCACUCAGAUUCACCAGCAGAGCGCUGUGGAACUGGCCCUUCGUGUGGCUGAUGAGAUGGAUGUUAACAUCGGUCAUGAGGUUGGGUACAGCAUCCCAUUUCAGACCUGCAUCUCUACCGACACCGUAUUGCGAUACUACACAGAUGAUGUCUUGCUCCGAGAGAUGAUGUCGAAUCCCCUCUUGGAGCAGUAUGGCGUGGUGGUCAUCGAUCAGGUCCAGGAACGCACCGUCAGCACAGACCUGCUCCUCGGACUGCUUAAAGACGUGCUCCUUGCGCGUCCAGAGCUCCGACUGGUCAUCCUCACCGCCCCUCAUUCCACUGAGACAAUGUUGCGCCAUUAUGGAAGCAUUCCUCAGAUCCGUGUGGAUGAGCCGCAGCUGUGUGAGGUGGUUUAUGGUAGUGGUAGAGGGGGCGUAAAGGAUUACCUCUGCUCUGCUAUUAGACUGGCGCUGGAAAUCCAUCAGAAUCAAGACGAUGGAGACAUCGUGACAUUCUUGGCAACUGAGCAAGAGAUUGAAUGUGCCCAUGCCAUUUUGCGGAGGGAGGGUGCCAGCUUCGCAUUGCCUCAUGGUGAAAUGGUGCCUGUAACCGUCUGCCCUGAGCUAGGACACUGUUACUCAGAUCAUUCUGUGGAGAAAAACAUUAGAAAAGUCUUCCUCACCUGCAGCCCCAGCGCAGACUUAUUCUGGGCCGUUCCGACCAUUCGCUUUGUGAUUGAUGCUGGAGUGCAAAAACGAUAUGUGUACAACCCUAGAAUCAGAGCAAAUUCUAUUGUCAUUCGACCGAUUAGCAGGAGCCAAGCUGAGAGCCGUAAACAACUUGCUGGCCCAAAAGGCAAGUGCUUCUGCUUAUAUCAAGAGGACGCAUCACUUCCCGCUGAAUGCAUCCCUCACAUUCUCGAGUCUGACAUCACUUCCACUGUGCUCUUCCUAAAACGCAUGGAAAUUGCUGGCCUGAGCCACUGUGACUUUAUUGACAGACCAGAUCCAGAAAGCCUGAUGCAAGCUUUAGAGGAGCUCGACUACCUUGCUGCUUUGGAUGAUGAUGGAAAUCUGUCUGAGAUUGGAAUUAUAAUGUCAGAGUUUCCUCUCGAGCCUCAGAUGGCCAAGACCUUGCUUGCGUCCUGUGAGUUUGACUGUGUCAGUGAAGUGUUGACCAUUGCUGCCAUGCUAACAGCUCCAAGCAGUUUCCUGAUACCUCCAGUGGAGACGAGUCAGAAAGCUUUACUGUGCCACCAACAGUUCCAGCAUGUUGAGGGAGACCACUUCACCCUUAUAAACAUAUAUAAUGCCUACAAAUAUGCUCAGGAAGGGCCAUACUCUAAUGCGGAACGCUGGUGUGAGGAGCAUUUCCUGACCCUGAAUGCUCUUCAGACAGCAGAUGCGAUACGGUCUGAGCUGACAGAUAUUCUGAAACGGAUAGAGCUGCCAGUGUCCUUACCAGCUUUUGGCUCUAAAAGCAACAUUGUUAACAUCAAGCGUGCUCUAUUGGCUGGAUUCUUCAUGCAGGUGGCCAGGGACGUCGAUGGGUCAGGGAAUUACUUCAUGCUUACCCAUAAGCAUGUGGCUCAGAUCCACCCACUGUCUGGCUAUGGAACUGAGAAGGAUUUUCCGGAAUGGGUUCUGUACCAUGAGCAUACACUGUCAGAAAACAACUGUAUUAGAACUGUCUCCCACAUAUCAGCGCAUGAGUUUAUUCAGAUGGCCCCACAGUACUUCUACUACAACCUGCCACCUAGUGAGAGUAAAGACAUACUGCAGCACAUUAUGGAUCAUGGCUCAGCUGCCCCAUCUAAAGGCAAAAGAAAACUCCAAACCUCCACCCAUCCUGCCAUUGAAGAGCAGCCCAAUGAGCGUUGUGCCAUACAGUGACCAUGGACACUGUAUGGCUUUGUCAGUGUGUUAACAUGACAACAAAAAGGAUGUUAACAAUGCUGGUGUGUUAUACAGUAACCACAAAAUUUAUGGGGCAAAACAAGGUAUCUUUAUUAUAUUAACUGUGUUUGAUUGUUUCAUCAUUAAGAGGUAAAUAGAGAUUUAGAAUACAGGGUUUUUCUUAAAUUCGUAUUUGUUUUGGAGAAGGUGGUUUCAUCAUUGGGCUCAUAAAGCCUCCUUUCACAGGACAAGGAACACCCCAUCCACUAAAAUAGAGGUUGCUUCACUUGUUUUUAUUUAUGGACCAACAGUGUACUAUAUAAAUCAUAAUAUCAUUAUUACUGCUGUGCAGUAGUUAAUAAAUAAGCUGUUAUUGACUUUGUGGUGUCUAAACUGUCAUUGAUAAACUAGCUGCUAGUGAGCCUUUAAAAAUAAUUGUAAAAAUAGCUUAUUAAGCCAUUCACAUCAGAAUAGUGCCCUAGUAACAAUAAACAUCACUUUGCUUGAGUUUUAGUUUUUUAAAUAUGUAUUUAUUUGUAAGGUAUUUUCAGAUAAUAUCCUAUAAAGUCUCUUAAUAUGAUAAAUGGGUUUUUGUAUAAGUUACAACUUUUAAUGCAAAGUUUUUGGUCACAGUGUGUCAUUUAAAAUGUUUCAUUGUCAUUUAAUAAAUCACGU